GUCAACCAUGAUUAUUUCAUUAUUCAACUCGAAUGAUUUAUGAUUCGUUUAUAAAAUGUGUUUUUAUUAACUAGUUGAGUUUUUGACCAAAAAAAAAAAGGAAAAAAAAAUAUUAACUAGUUGAGUUGAAAACGUUAUGAGACAGCUAUAAAAGGAUCGAGAAUUAUUGUUUAUGAUCUAACAAGGCGUUGUGACCCGGAGUUGAUUAACUUGAGGGCAAAACCCCACUACAGUACAACUAUCAAGAUUCGAAUCUUGGCUACUGGAAAAUUAAUAUUUCGGCAUGGUCAGAGACAGAGGACCGAUACAUGGUAACACGUGACUAGUCUGGACCAUUUCUGUGGGACCAGGAUAUCCUGUAUAAUUAAAAAAAAAUUGGUUUAGAAUGUUAACAUUAAAGGGAAUUGAAAGUAUCAACGUAUUGUUUUUAUAAAGCUAUUGGCCUAAUUGAUAUAUCAACUAGGCUAAAGAGGUUUACACACUUCCUUAUAAACUAAAGCAUUGACAUUCAUAUACACAUCAUAUCUCUCUCUCAAAAAAUGUGGCUGAACAGUCUGUUUUCAAUCCUCUGUUUGGCCCUGGCCGUUAGCUUCGACUACGUGUCUGCAGUAGUAUGUGGGGACGAGAUGUUUUUCGCACCCAACGGUACUUACGAUACCAACCGUCGUCUCGUCCUCGCAACUCUUGCUUCCAACGUCAUCUCUCAAGACGGCUACUACAACGUCUCUGUUGGUGAAGGCCCCGGAAGGAUAUAUGCCUUAGGGAUGUGCAUCCCAGGGACUGAACCACAGAUCUGUUCAGACUGUAUCCAAGCCUCGUCCAAAUAUUUAUUACAAGACUGCCAGAACCAGACAGACUCAUAUGACUGGAGCCCUCCUUUCUGUUAUGUUCGUUAUUCCAACAGCUCGUUUUACAACGAGAUUACUCUCAAGCCGCAAUACGCAGAGUACUACACUGGAGAUAUCCCUGGGAACGUAAUCUUUUAUAUAUUGACACAUGACAACAUGGCAAAACGAUCUCCACAAGAACUCUUGAAAGUGAGUUAUACUUUUAUCCAUUUCAGAGCUGAAGAUUUAUAUACUUCCUUGCAAAACAAUACCAUACAUUCGUUUGCAGCCAAUGAUAUAUUUGCAGCUUAUGAUGACAUGGCAACUACACAUCAGCUGCAGUAUGAUCUUAAUACAAUUGAAGCCGCUACAGAUAAUUUUUCGGACGAGAACAAACUUGGUGAAGGUGGAUUUGGUGUAGUUUACAAGGGUACAUUUUCAAACGGAACAGAAAUUGCGGUUAAGAGGCUAACAAGAACUUCAAGACAAGGCUUCCAAGAGUUCAAGAACGAGGUCGUUGUGGUGGCAAAGCUUCAGCAUAAUAAUCUUGUUAGGCUUUUAGGUUUUUGCAUGGAAAGAGAAGAAAAGAUACUCGUCUAUGAGUUUUUGUGUAACAAAAGCCUCGAUAUGUUCCUCUUUGGUUUGUUAACAUUCCAAGUUCCCAACUCGCAGUCUCUGAUGAAUCCAUAUCCCAUUCUUGAUUAAUUAGCUAAUAUAUUCAUGCACAGACACUACGAAUCGACCACAGCUUGACUGGACAAAACGCUACAAUAUGACCAGCGGCUACAUGGCUCCUGAGUAUAUGAAUCUUGGUCAGUUCUCCAUGGAAUCUGAUGUUUAUAGCUUUGGAGUCUUGGUUCUUGAGAUCAUUAGCGGCAAUACUAGUAGUAGAUUCUACAGGAUUGGUGAUACUGAUUGCAAUCUGGUCACAUAUGUGAGUAGUUUUUAGAUUCUUUUCUUUCAACUAAGGUCAAAUUCUUAGAAGAAUUGUCCUGUUCUUUUUAUUCACUAGGCUUGGAAGAUCUGGAGGAAAGGCAGCUAUGCGGCAGAAGAGUUUGUGGACCCGACUUUCGGUGAUAAUUAUCAAAUCGAACAAGUGACUCGAUGCAUUCAUAUUGCACUUUUAUGUGUUCAAGCCGAUCAUGCAGAUCGACCAAAAAUCUGUAAAAUCAACUCGAUGCUCACUUCUAGCAAAAUUAGUCUUCCAGCGCCACAUGAACCUGGGUUUUUGGUACCUAGUCGAAGGGCUUGAUGUCAUUUUGGCAAAUUGGUUCCUUUGUUCUAGAGGCUAUGAACUGUAUUUGUGUGUGUUACGUAUUUUUAGAUCCUUGUUUGAAAGGUGACUGAUGUUGUGUUUUGCUGAUUGGAGUGACUAAAAUCGUUCACGUUGAAAUUGUCAAAAUCUAUACUAUUAAAGCAGAAUUCUUAAUAGGAUUCUGCCCCUGGUUUUUCAAGUUAUUUACCACCAAAUGUCAUUCCCUUUAAUUUUUUUUAAAAAAAUCGUCAAUGACUUAAGGCCCAAGCCGAAUGCAUACUAUAAAGGCCCAAACCGUAUGCAUACCUGAAUAAUCCUUAUUUUUUAAAACAUCAUCAAUGCCCUAUAACGUGAAACCAUCUUCAUCUUUUCUCAAGCCCUAUACCCUAAAAUGAAAAGGCUUAAAAGAUGAAAAAAAACUUCCGAACAACUCACGUGUGCAAAUAAAAAUAUGACAUUUUUACUAAUAAUAUUUUUCAAACCUUAUACCCGAACGUAUUCAUACGCAUUCUCAUGUUUUUACAGAAAAAGAUUUUAAAAACAUAACCUAAUGGUUAGUUUAUUCCAUAUUAUAAAAAACAUAUUCAAUAUUUGUUAAAUGUAUAUAUAUAUCUAUGAGAAAUCAAUUAUUUUAAAAAUUAACCAAUCCCAUAUCUAAUAGAUACGGUUUAUUUUAAAAUAACUGAUUUUUGUUCAUAAUAUAGAGUAUCAAUACCAUAUCUAUUCUAAAUAUAAUUUUAACAACAUAAUAUUCCCUAUAAGAUUUUCCGAUUAAAAAGGUGGAAGGUAUGUAGCGCCUACAAUCACGGUGCAAAUAAAUGUACAACCAAAUUUAGAAAAUGAAGAUACACAAUUGGCUACAUUCAAAGUUCAAAAAUAUCUUUCUAUAAUCUAGAUUGCGUGUAACUUACUCACAUAAUAUAUUUUAAAAAUUUCUGGUAACUGCAUUUAGUACUAUUAACGAUAAAGAUCUCGCAAAUAUUUAGAGUAGCCUACAAGUUUUCAAAUAACCUAAUCUACUCUUCCUAUAACCUCUUCCUAUUAUAAAUACCCACGCCUCUUCCUAAAACACUCAUACCGCAAAACCAAAAGAAUGGCUUCUAAAGCGCUCAACAACACAGCAAAUGAUUCUAAACAACAAAUCACCGGCAUCAGCGACUUGAAGCCAAAGCACACUACUAAGAUGGUUCAUGUCAAGGUUCUACAUUCCUGGUCACAA